AUGAUGGCAACUGCGGGUGUAGCACCUGCUUCUGGAUUAAGAGAUGUAAAUGCAGCAAGUUCAGUAAUUGCUGCUGAUAGGUUACCUGAUGAGAUUCUUGGCAUGAGAAUUAAGGAUGAUAAGGAAAUGGAAGCAAGUGUGGUAGAUGGAAAUAGUACUGAAGCAGGACAUGUAAUUGUCACUACUAUUGGUGGUAAAAAUGGCCAGCCAAAGCAGACAAUAAGUUACAUGGCUGAGCGUGCUGUUGGACAAGGAUCAUAUUCACGUUAA